AUGCUAGACAAGUUUAAGGAAGAUAAAGAAAAGGAAGGGUUGUUGGAGAAGAUGGUCAUUCCAUCGCCACUACGCACACCAAAGCUCGUUGGCAACUGCAAUGAGAUUGACAUGGUGUACGACUACUCAGACAAAAACGAUAUCAUUGUAGAUAUUACGUCUCCGCCGACAGUCACGAAGAAUACGGCAUUAUUGCUGUUGAAGGGUAAAACGGCAGAAAAGUUGGACUUAGAGCGUCAGCAGCGCUUACAGGACGCAGACGAUGACGAAGAAGGCUAUAUGACCCAUCUCGAUGCCAAGUGUCUCUGUUUCCGCACCAAGCACGUGCCGUACCUUUUGUUCUUGUCGGUUUUUAUCGUUUUGCAAUGGCGCUGGCAUGACGAUCAAUUUUUUCCCGCUCUGUUUCAAGGAGGAAUAUGA